AUGGCCAAGCUCACUCUCCUUCUCUAUUUCUCUGCAGGCACUGCCUAUAUCCUGUCAUGUUACUUCACCAACUGGGCCCAGUACAGGCCUGGUGUGGGGAAGUACAUGCCUGACAACAUCGACCCGUGCCUGUGCGACCAUCUGAUCUACGCCUUUGCUGGGAUGAACAACAAUGAGAUCGCAACUUACGAGUGGGACGACGAGACCCUUUACAAAUCCUUCAAUGCACUGCGCUUUAUGAACAAAAAUCUGAAGACUCUUCUGGCAAUUGGAGGUUGGAAUUUCGGGACAUCCAAGUUCUCCACAAUGGUUUCCACUCCCCAGAACCGCCAGACCUUCAUCAAGUCCGUCAUCAAGUUCCUGCGCCAGUAUCAGUUUGAUGGGCUGGACAUCGACUGGGAAUACCCUGGCUCCAGGGGCAGCCCAGCCCAGGACAAGGGGCUUUUUACCACCCUGGUUAAGGAAAUGCUGGAAGCCUUUGAGCAGGAAGCUAAGCAGGUCAACAAGCCCCGUCUCCUGAUCACCGCUGCUGUUGCUGCAGGACUUUCCACCAUUCAGUCUGGCUAUGAGAUUCCUGAGCUCGGAAAGUACUUGGACUACUUCCAUGUGAUGACUUACGACUUCCACGGCUCCUGGGAUGGACGCACUGGGGAGAACAGCCCUCUGUACCAAGGCCCAGCUGACACUGGUGACCUCGUCAACUUCAAUGUUGAUUAUGCUAUGAACUACUGGAAGAACAACGGUGCCCCAGCUGAGAAGCUCCUCGUUGGCUUCCCAACCUAUGGACAUAACUUCAACCUCCAAAACCCAUCUGACACCGCUGUUGGAGCACCCGCAUCAGGACCUGGGCCAGCUGGACCUUACACACGGCAGUCUGGAUUCUUGGCUUACUACGAGAUCUGCACCUUCCUGAACUCUGGAGCUACCCAGGCUUGGGAUGCCCCCCAGGACGUGCCCUAUGCUUACAAAGGCAACGAGUGGGUUGGCUAUGACAACAUCAAGAGCUUCAACAUCAAGAUUGACUGGCUGAAGAAGAACAAUUUUGGAGGCGCUAUGGUCUGGUCCCUCGAUAUGGAUGACUUCACUGGCACUUUCUGCAAGGAAGGCAAAUAUCCCCUGAUCACCACUCUGAAGAACGGCCUUGGUCGGCAAAACAGCGAUUGCGUGCCUCCCGCUCAGCCCAACCCUCCCAUCACUGAUGCUCCUCCCAGCCAAGGUGGAAGUGGCAGCGGGAGCUCAGGCAGCAAUCCUGGGGGCUCUGGUGGGAGCGGUUUCUGUGCUGGCAAGUCCAACGGCAUCUACGCAGACCCCACCAACAAGAGCAACUUCUACAGCUGCGUCAAUGGCCAAACCUACAUGGAGAGCUGCCAGUCCGGUCUCGUCUUUGACAGCAGCUGCUCCUGCUGCAACUGGCCAUGA